AUGGCGGACCAGGACAUUAACCAGCUGUUUACAGCAACUCAGCACACGAACGAUUUGCUCAUUGCAUCUUUCCUUUAUAAGAGAUCAACCACUAGUAGUAAAGUUACCAUCGAAGAGUCAAUUACGACUGUGAGCACCAAUGAUCAACCUGAAACGAGCUCUACCAGCGCUCAUUACAAGUUCAACAAAAGCGGAUACCACAGUUACUGGUGUGUUUUAAGAAGAGGCCAGUUCAGCUACUACAAGGACAGAAGCGAGCGCAAACCGAUGGAUGUGAUUCCUGCAGAUCAGAUACUCGAUUUCCGAGUUUCUGAAAAAGAUCUACGACUGAACUUCUACACGAGCAGGAAGACUUAUUACUUGAGAGCAGAAUCUUCAGAGAUCUUACAGGACUGGUCUCGAGCAUUGCAAGAGUUUUUUGCAGACAAACGACGCAGAGCGUCACGGGCCGAAAAGUUACCGAACGACGAUGGAAGUGGUGCUGAGGCCAGCGAAGAUUUAGGCCAUGAUGAUGACGACAAUGCUGACGACGAUGAUGAAUUCAACAACAACGACAAAAGUGAUACUUAUGAUGAUAAUGACGAACUGGAUAGCGAAAUUGACAAUGAGAAUCACAGCAACGAGAACGAAAAUGAAAAUGAAAACGAUGAUGAUUUCGAGAUGGUGUCUGAAGUACGACCGGAAACCGAAAAAAUCCACAGUGCUGAUUCGCGAGUUUUUCCAGUCCCCGAUGAGGAUCGUGAAUUUUAUGCUAUAUACAAUCCCGAGCAGAACCCUCCACGUCUAAUUCAAGAGAGUGUAUUGUAUUGCAGAGUUAAGAAGAGGCUAGGCCGCAAGACAUGGAAGAAAGUCGCUGCCCACUUAGACAGCAAUUGUCUGCGCAUCGCUUCUCUCUCUUCUGGUAAAACGUACCGUGAUAUCGAGCUCGCUGAAGUCGUCGAUUGCAUCGAAGAUGAAAGUAGGCGGUGUUUCACAGGGUUUGACGUUAUCACUUACGAUGAGCGCUUGAAAUUUCGCGCACUAACGGAACAAGACACCAUUGACUGGAUCAUGAACUUGAAAAGCUGUGUCUUGGCUAGAAAAAAAUUGGGACAAUUGAAACCGACAUUAAUUAGGUCGGAGUAA